GGCAAGGCGAAUAAAAGAGCUUAUAAACAAUGACGAGGCAGCAGUACAUGCCAGCCGUUGCGCCCGAUAACAUAAUACUGUAGGGUUGCUUUGCCUCGCAAGAUUUUGGAGUGAACAACACAGUGGCGACCCACAACCAGGAAAUGACGCUGGAAUGUGAAGUGGCCGUUGUUGGAGGAGGGGUGAUGGGAUUAAGCGCCGCCCACUACCUCGCUGCAUACGGGCGCGAUACAGUGCUGAUGGACCAAUUUCCCUUGCCACACACUCGCGGGUCGAGCGGAGGACACACCAGGAUCACCAGACUCGCCAACUAUGGCGACCCCGCCCUUACGUCCAUCAUGAAGGACUCUUUUGACCGGUGGCUUCAGCUGGAGCAUCAGUCGGGCGUCAACCUCUUCAGACCAGCUCCUUUACUGACUGUUGGCUCUAUGUCUUCGGAAAACACUGAAAACGUACUGGAUAAUGUAAUGACAUCGAUUCAUGUCAGUGGAAGCACGCCAGAAGCACUUGAUGUUGACACGGCUAAUCAACGGUUUAGAACGAGUUUCCCUGACAACUAUAAAGCUGUUGUUGACCCAAGUGCGGGUGUAUUGAUGGCAGAUAAAUGUCUAAAGACGUUACAGAACCUUUUCCUCAACAACGGCGGCCGGGUGUUGGACGGGUGGCCAGUGACUUCAAUCACCCCGGGCGAAACAGUGGAACUUCGAGGUUCUAAGGGCCGAGUGAGAGCCAAAGCCGCUGUGUUGUGUCCUGGUCCCUGGGCUGGUCCUCUCUUGGGAAGGCUUGGUGUCCAGAUCCCUGUCAGAGCAGAGAAGAUUGGCAUCUAUUACUGGAAGGUCCGAGAUCCCAAGACACCAGUGUUUACGUUCAUUGACCUGAGUCGUUCUGAGAAUCAUUUCUAUGCACUCCCAGACUACGAAUACCCUGGAUACAUGAAGUUAUGCUACCAUGCUGGGCUGCGUGCCGACCCCGACGAGCGAGAUAAGGUGAAUAUGUCGACUGUGCAAAGGAGAACAGAGGAUUAUGUGAAAAGGUUCUUCCCUUGCCUCGAGCCCAAGCCUUCUGUAGUGGAAUCUUGCAUGUAUACAAUUACCCCUGAUAACAACUUUGUGUUGGACAGGCAUCCUAAGUACCAUAAUCUGGUGUUCGGUGCUGGAUUCUCGGGCACUGGAUUCAAGAUCGCCCCAGCUUGCGGAGAAGCGCUGGCAAAAAUGGCAAUGGGUUUACAACCUCCGCUUGAUUUCUCAUCAUUCACUCUUGGCAGAUUUUACAGAAGCAAGAUGUAAAGAAACUCUUGUAAUACUGCACGUUAAUUGUAUUAUUUUUUAUGUUUAGAUGUAGAUUAAGUUAAAUGUAGAGGAGGUGAAAAGUUGAAUAUUUACAUCUGUAAAAAUAUACGCCCCAAUUCAUAUUGUAUGUCACCUAGGAAAACGGACAUAAAGUAGAAUAAAUGUAUUCAUAGGCUAAGCGUAGCGAGAAAUUCACUAACCCCCCCCCCCCCGGAAAAAAAUGGAGUCACUAGAUCUCCACUGUUACUACCGGGAAGAGAGCAGUUCAAUUGUUACCGAAUUGAAUUGUUUAUUAACUUAAUAUUUCACAUCAUAACACGAUUAAGGUGAUAGUAACUUAAUAGAGUGAAGGAAGUUCCUAUUGCAGCUAUUGUUUCUGGCACUCUUUACGUCCUCACUGAAAUAUCAAGGUGUUUUAUUUCCAUUUUCAAGUCUUUUUGCUUUCGAUAUAAUGGAGUGACCCAAGAUCCUACUGUGGCAGUUACUAAAACUGGGAUAUGAUUAUCUAUGUUAUUUCUAAGCAUUAUUAUUUUUUUUUUAUUCUGCAUAAAAGCGCAC